CCCACCAAUGAUCUUCAUUCGGUCAUUUCUCCAACCUUCCAUAUCAAAGCCUAAAACUGUCAACUAAACCUAUAAUUUACAUAAGACAGCCAAAUCGGGCUGUUAUGAUUGAAUAAGACUCCUUUUUCUUGGACCUGUUACCUUACUCAUUACUCUUUAUACAUCAACUUUGUAGAUAUCCCAUAAAGAUGGCUCAAUCGACAGCCCACCGUCGACUCCUUCAAGAGUACAAGAUGCUGACUAACAAUCCUCCUGAUGGUAUCACGGCUGGCCCAGUCAACGAAGAUGAUAUGCUUGUCUGGGAAGCUCUGAUCCAAGGACCAGAGGGCACUCCUUUCGAGGGAGGCGUCUUCCCCGCCGAGCUGAAAUUCCCUAAGGAUUAUCCCCUAGCACCACCUAAGAUGACGUUCUUGGGAGAGAUCUUCCACCCUAAUGUAUACCCAAGCGGUUUAGUCUGCAUCUCUAUCCUCCACCCUCCCGGAGACGACCCGAACCACUACGAGCACGCAUCAGAGCGAUGGAGUCCGAUCCAGUCCGUCGAAAAGAUCCUCAUCUCCGUCAUGAGCAUGCUGGCAGAGCCCAACGACGAAAGUCCCGCAAACGUCGAGGCGGCCAAGAUGUGGCGAGAGCGACGCUCGGAAUACGAGAAGAAGGUUCGGGAUGGAGUCCGACGAAUGCUCGGUCUCUAGUGGAGAGAAGAAGAAAACCCAUCAAUCGCCGUGAUUAUCGAGACCGUGCAUCCUCACACCUUCAUCUGUCAGGUUACUUCUGCAAUGCGGAUUCACGCGCAUCAGGCCAAGAUUGACAGACUACGCAAAGAGUUGAAUGAAGAAUUGUCUAAUGAUUAGGGGAAUAGACCUUCGCUACACGGCCAUGCUUCCCCUGGAGGGCGUGGGAACGCAUUGCCGGCGCAAGAGGGUUUUUCUUUGGCAAAUGCAGCUAAUAACGACAAGUGCAAGGCUAACCAUAACCAUGGGUGCGACGAAACGAUCCUCCGGAAU